AUGGUCAACUGCGCGUGGUGGUUCCAUCCCCGGCUGGCGGCGCCGCGCGAGGCCGCGGCGGCGGGGCUCUGCAAGACGCCGCGCCGGGUCGAGGCGGACGGCCUCGACGCGCCGGCGUCGGAGGUCUUCGGCUCCGCGCGGCGGCGGUCGCGCCGGGAGGAGGCGCUCGACUUUAGCGACCACGGCGCGCUCGCGCUGCAGUCGCCGCAGAGCGAUGAGAGCGACGAGUGGGCGCUCAUCUCCGUUGAGUCCGAGGAGGAGAAGGACGCGAAGCGCCUGAAGCGCCAGGCGUCCUGGGACUCGAGCCUCACGAGCCACUCGGACGACGAAGCGGACGGCGAGGCCGCCGACGACGCGUCGAGCGGGCGCGCGUCGAGCGACCCGUCGAGCUCGCUCGACGACACGUCGUACGACGGGCGCGUGGUCCGGGGCUCCGGCGAGGCCUACCGCGCGGCGGGCGACGGCGACGGCGGCGACGGCGACCUCGACGACCGGCCGGACUCGCCGCGGUCCGUGAGCGAGGACGACUCGAGCCUGGACAGCACGGCCUACGGCGGCCGCAUCGUCCGCGCGGACGCGCAGCGGUCGCCGCCCCGCGUCGAGAACCUCGCGGACGCGGCGCGCGAGGUCCUCGACCUCGCGGCGGGCGACGACGAGGUCCGCGAGGACCGCGCGCCCGUCCGCGAGGCGCGGCCGCGGGUGUCGAGCGACGAGAGCCUCGACUGCUCGCGCUACGGGGGGCGGGCGCUCGUGGCCGCGUCGCGGAGCGCGUGCGACCUCCGCGGCGUCGGCGGCGACGACGACGACGACGACCUCCGCGACGGGCGCACGCCGCCGCCGCCGUCCUGGCCCGGCGACGACGGGGGCUUGGACGGCACGCGGCGCGGCGGCCGGGUUCCGACGUUCGGGCGGCCGCGCGCGGCGUCCUUCACGUGCCUCGCGGUCUUGGACGACGCGGCGGGCAUCGGCGCCGCGCUCGGGCGGCCGCGGAGCGCGGGUCUGGACGCCGAGGCGGCGAUGGCCGAGGCGUCGCUGGACGACUCCUUCUACGGGUCGCGCGCGGUGUCCGCGGAGCGGCGGUCGUCGUCGUUUCACCGCCGCUUCCCGGUGAGCGCGUCGCUGCCGUCCAUCGCCCACGAGGAGGGCCUGGGGGCGACGCGCCGGCCCCGGUGCGUGCGCUUCGCGACGCCCCUCGUCGCGCGCGUCGAGUUCUUCGAGCCCGCGCGCGCCUCGGAGAAGGCGAGUACGUGGUUCUCCCGGGCCGAGUACAAGUCGAUCCGCGACGCGGCCUGGUUCAUCGAGGGCCUGGAGCAGGACGAGGGCGAGCAGGACUUCGCGACGACGGCGGGCACCGUGGAGAGCCGGCGGGGCAUCCGCGACGAGGAGUCGAACGAGGCGCGGCGCGCGCGGAUCCGCGCCGUCCGCUGGGCCGUCGUCGCCGCGUCGGAGCAGUUCCUGCCGCCGGACGUCGUCGCCAAGCUCGCGACGUCCGACGAGGCCGCCGCGCUCGCGCGGUCCGCGGGCGAGGAGGACCGCGCCGCCGCCGAGGAGGACGCGGGCGCGCCGUCGUCCGAGAGCCCCAAGUCGCCCGAGGCCGCGACGGUGACGCGCGCCGCGGUCCAGAAGAUCCUCAAGGACCACCGGGGGGCGAGCGGCCUGGCGCCCCUCGUCCGCCGCGACUCGCUGGAGAAUUUGCUCGAGGACACGUCGACGCGGCGGCGCCGCGAGGCGGGCGACGCGGAGCGCGAGCGCGAGGCCGGGCGCAUGACGGCCGCGCGGUCGCGCGCCGCGCUGAAGCUCUACUUCGACGCGCGCCAGGCGCGGAGCCUGGAGUAA